AUGUACUUGCUUAUAACUGUCCCUACUAAGCUGACUACCUUCUCUCGGUGUGUCAUACAUGGACAUGAUAUAGCUAGUGCUGGUACUCAGCUGUUUAUAACGCUAUUCUUGCAACCUAUCGUCAUCUUACCUUGUACUAGUGGGUACUCGACGGGAUUGUUAACACGUCUUGGAAUCAUGAGCAGUAUCAACCAAUCUUGUUCAAGUAUAGGGAAUGUCGCCGUCUCUCACUAUGCAGUGAUCAGCAUUGCUCUCUAUCCCAUGAUUGGUCCCUACUACGUGUUGAUGUCGAACCCUGAGUAUCGGAAGAGAGUAGUUGAGUUAACAACAAGAGCUCCAAAAGUAACUAUUCUUCAACCUGUAAGUCUAAGUUCAUAG